CCAUUCGGAAGACGAGUAGGCGACUUUUGUCAUCACCUAACAGUCCGGCAAGCUUCUACAGCAAGACUGCAGAAAAGGAACACCUCUCUCUCUCUCUCUCUCUGAUUUGUUCCAGGUUCGUUUAUCAAUGGCAAUCCCUUCAUGAUCCUGGCCCACCAUCCUAUGGCCAAGCCCCACCCCAAAGAUCGGACGGUCCUCGAACCCUUCGCCGAAUUCGACCCCUCAAAAACCUCUCCUCUCUCCUCGCCUUCUCUUUCCAUCUCCGCCAUCUCCCUCUCUUCCCAAAACCUAAUCCACGUCGGCACCAAAGAUGGAAAACUCAUCCUCCUCUCAUCGAACACUUCCACCCUACCAAACCCCAACCAAGACUCCAUCUCGACCGUUGGUCCCCUCCGAUCUUUAUCCAUUACGGACCGUCCUAUCGAUUCGAUCCAUACUUUCGGUGAGAUUGAUCGGGUUCUAAUACUCUCCGACGGGGCUCUGUUCUUGGUGGAUUCCCUACUGCUGCAGCCCGUACGGAAAUUGAAUCUUCCAAAAGGUGUCUUGGCCGUUGCCAAGAGACUAUGCCAUGCUGACUCAGCGAGUCUCGAUUGGGCUGUGGACGGCGGUAGCAGCAUCCAACGGUCUCAACGGCUUCUUCAGAAGCUAGGCGGGGGGAUUUGGGUGAAUGGGACGAAAUCUAGGGCUUCCGAGCUGCAGAGAAAUGGGAAUUCUGUUGCUGCUGUUGCAGCAGUGGGGAAAAAGCUGAUCUUGAUCGAGGUUGAUGCAGGUGGCUCUUCUGUUAUUUUGAAGGAAAUUCAGGGCAUUGAUGGAGUCAAGACCAUGGUGUGGCUGGACGAGUCGAUAAUCGUCGGGACUGUUAAUGGCUAUGCGUUGUUUUUCAGCAGUACUGGACAGGGCAAUUUGAUAUUUUCGCUUCCGGAGUCAUCUGGGCUUCCAUGCUUGAAAUCUCUAUGGAGGGACAAGCAGGCGAUUUUGUUGGUGGACAAUGUUGGCAUUGUUGUGAGUGAUCAGGGCCAGCCGGUAGGUGGGAGCUUGGCUUUCAGGCAUGCACCAGAUUCUGUCGGGGAGGUGGGCCCACAUGUGAUAGUUGUGAAGGAUGGUAAGAUGGAUUUAUAUCACAAGAGAAUGGGCGUCCAUGUUCAAUCAGUGUUGUUUGCAGGGGAAGGAGUUGGCCGGUGUGUUGUGGCAGUCGAAGAGAGUGGAAUUGGUGACAUUGUUGUGGUUGCAACACCUUCUAAGGUUAUUUGCUUUCGGAAAGUAUCUGUUGAGGAGCAGAUUAAAGAUCUGUUGAGGAAGAAGAAUUUUAAGGAAGCCAUCCAUUUGGUAGAGGAGCUUGAGUGUGAAGGUGAAAUGACGAAGGAAAUGCUUUCCUUUGUGCAUGCUCAAGUGGGCUUUCUCUUACUUUUUGACUUGCAUUUCGAGGAUGCUGUAAAUCAUUUCUUGCAGUCAGAAACCAUGCAGCCAUCUGAAAUCUUUCCAUUUAUAAUGCGAGAUCCAAACCGCUGGUCACAGCUGGUCCCCAGGAAUCGCUAUUGGGGCUUGCAUCCUCCUCCUGUACCUCUUGAAGAUGUCGUGGAUGAUGGAUUGAUGGCGAUCCAGAGAGCUAUAUUUCUUAGAAAAGCAGGUGUAGACACUGUAGCAGAUGAAGAUUUUCUUUUGAAUCCACCAAGUAGAGCUGAUUUGUUGGAGUCAGCGAUUCAAAACAUUAUCAGGUAUCUACAAGUUUCCCGGGAUAAAGAUUUGAAUUCUUCGGUGAAGGAGGGAGUUGAUACUCUUCUAAUGUACCUUUAUAGAGCUCUGAAUCAUAUAGAUGAAAUGGAGCAGCUGGCGUCCUCCCCAAACAGUUGUGUUGUGGAGGAGUUAGAAACUCUGUUAGAUGACUCUGGGCAUUUACGGACGCUUGCCUUCCUGUAUGCAAGUAAAGGGAUGAGCUCGAAGGCUCUUGCAAUCUGGCGUAUUUUGGCGAGAAAUUAUUCAGCUGGCUUAUGGAAAGACCCAACUGCAGAAAGAGACUCUCGAGAUAAUUGUACAAGUUUAAUCUCUGGCCAAAUGAUAGCUGCAAUUGAAGCAUCAAAGCUUCUGGAGGAGAUAUCUGAUCAAGACAUAGUUCUACAACAUCUAGGAUGGAUUGCAGAUAUAGACCAAGAACUGGCAGUUAGAGUAUUAACAUCAGAGAAAAGGGCCAAUCAGCUUUCACCAGAAGAAGUACUUGCUGCAAUUGACUCAAAAAAGGUUGAGAUUCACCAAAGAUAUUUGCAAUGGUUGAUUGAUGACCAAGACUCCGAUGACAUUCGGUUUCAUACGUUAUAUGCUCUUUCCCUUGCCAAAUCAGCAAUUGAUGCUGUUGAGAUGGAAUCAUUGUCUCAGAAUCCCAAUGCUCUCAAAUUAGCUGAGGCAAAUAUUUCUGAUUUUGAAAGCCGAAUCAUCUCUAGAAAUCCAGUCAGGGAGAGAUUGCAGUUAUUUUUACAAUCUUCAGACUUGUAUGAUCCAGAGGAAGUUCUUUACUUGAUUGAAGGAUCGGAAUUGUGGUUGGAAAAGGCAAUCCUGUACAGGAAGCUGGGACAAGAAACAUCGGUGCUCCAGAUUUUAGCCUUGAAGCUGGAGGACAGUGAUGCAGCAGAGCAAUACUGUGUAGAGAUUGGUAGACAAGAUGCAUAUAUGCAGUUGCUUGAUAUGUAUUUGGAUCCACAAGAUGGGAAGGAGCCCAUGUUUAAGGCUGCAGUUCGCCUGCUUCACAAACACGGAGAAUCUUUGGAUCCUCUUCAAGUGCUAGAGACGUUGUCCCCUGAUAUGCCUCUACAACUUGCCUCAGAUACGUUGUUAAGAAUGUUAAGAGCUCGUGUGCAUCAUCAUCGCCACGGACAGAUUGUGCAUAAUAUCUCGCGUGCGAUAAAUGUAGAAGCGAAUUUAGCGAGAUUAGAGGAGAGAUCGAGGAAUGUGCAGAUCAAUGAUGAGAGCCUCUGUGAUUCUUGCCAUGCCCGCCUCGGUACCAAACUGUUCGCCAUGUAUCCGGAUGAUUCCGUUGUCUGUUACAAGUGUUUCCGUCGCCUAGGCGAGUCGACAUCUGUCAGUGGACGUGAUUUCAAGAGAGAUAUCAUAUUCAAGCCAGGUUGGCUCGUCAACAGACAAACUUGAGUCAUUUAUGUAAGAUUAUUUCAUAUUGAGGUACCUCCGGUGGGAUUUCGUCUUGACGUUGGGAUGCCUGAAAUCCUUGUGAGAAGAAACAACCAACGCCACCCCCUGGAAAGGUAACGUCAGCAUUUGGGUUGAGGUCCUUUAUUUAUUUAUUAUUAUUAUUAUUUUAAUAUAUAAAUGUAAAAGCUCUAAAAAGCAUUUGUACAUCCCGUGGGUGUCGUUUAUACUUCAGUAGAAUUGUGGAAGGGAUAGUCCUCGGCUCUGUAGAAUAUGCAAGUUCAGAUUGGCAUUUCAGGUUUACGAAUGCUGUAGAAUUAUUUCAAUGAGUAGAUGAUCUUCUUGCAUUGAGAAUAAUGUGAUUUUUGGCAAUCAAAUGAUGAUGUCGAAUGUAUAUGUGACAUUAUACUUGUUUUUGGCA